AUGAGUUAUGAGAGCGACAUCAGUAUCAUCGUCUCACAAGUGUUAGUACCCCUUCCUUAUUCGUUGCUUGGCGGAAUGUAGCUUUUUAAUUUGUAAAUUACUAUUAAUAAAUCGAUUCAAAAGUUUAUUUGCGGACUAAAUUAGUUUAUAAUUUAAAGAUUUAAAGGAAAUUACCAAGCAGCAUUAUAGAAAAAAAACUUAAAAAUCACACUGUCAUGGCGAUAGAAUUGCUUUCUAUUGGCCUAUCUACUGUUAUAGGUGUUGGAGUUCCUGUUGCUGUAGUUAUCCUUGUUUACUUGAUCUAUACAUAUAGCAUUGCUGAAAAGUCAUUCGAAGAAGUUAUUGAGGAGCAGAAACGACGCAGCAUUGAAGAAGAAUUACAGCAAAAAUUAGAAAAGAGCAAGAAAGAGAAAAAAUUUAAGAAGACUUGGGGUAAAAAGAGUAAGGAAAAAGUGGAACAAGAAGUAGUGCCUGAAAAGGUAUCAAUUCAGGAGAAUAAUGAAGAUGUUGCUCCUAUUGAAAUUAUAGAGCCAAAAGAAACUAAACCAGUAAAGCAAAAAAGUAAAUCUAAAGGAAAUAUUCCUAGUGCUACACCUCUGAAUGCUGAUAAACCAAAGAAAGUAGAUGCCGUCGUGCCUGAAAAAACUGUGUCAGAGAAAAAGAAAGAUGCAUUACCAGUAGUCAAAGAAACUGAAAAGAUUAAAACUGAACCAAAAGCAGCUGAGGUUCUGAAACCCAAAGUAGAAGAAAUUGUUGAAAGUGUAUCAGUUAGUAAUGCAGUUCAAGCUGUAUCUGCUCCAACUGUGACAGCUGGCAAAAAGAAAAAGAAAGAACAAGUUGACAAAGAUAUCAUUCCUUUGACUACUAGCAAACUGCUGUCACUUAUUAAGGAAUCAGAAUUAGAUACGGAAGAAAUUCAGACAUUGAUAGAUAUUUUAUUAAACAAACAAAAGGAUUCAACUGGCUGGACUAAACCCAAUGAUCCACUGGCUAUCACAAAGAAAAAUUUAUUAGAGAAAGAACAGCUACUGGAUCAAGAAUUGCGUCAGAAUCAGACUAUGACUACCAAGCUCAAAGAUUUAAGAGAAGAAUAUAAUCAGGUAAAGACAAAAUUAUCUGCCCAAGAAAAGGUUAGUCAAGAAAAAAUUUCACGUCAGCAGCAAGAUAUUCAAGCUCUUAACUUACGUGUGAAACAAGUGCAAGAACAAUUGGCUGCCGAGAAGGAAAAACAUUCGCAGAUUGAAAAACAAGCUGAAGAAAAAAUUGAAGCUGCUAUAAAGAAUGUCGAAGAGGAAAAAGCUAAACUCCAGCAAAAACUGGCUAAAUUGGAAGCUGAGUCACGUAUUGGUGUUACAAAAACCGAAAUAGAUGCUUUGAAGAAAUCAAAAGAAGAUUUGCAAAAGGUUCAUAAUCUUUUAGUAGAACAACAUACUCAGCUUGUUUCAACUCAUAAAAAUGAUUUGAAAAACUUUAAAGCCCAAAUAAAUGAUGCUGAAACUCGAUUAAAUGAAGUUAAAGCAAAAAAUGAGACCUUGUUGAAAGAUAUAGAAGUGCUAAAGGAGUCUAAGGCUGUACUUGAACUGUCUGAACAAGUAUUAAAAGAAAAAGUGGAAGCUGAACAGAUUCGCUGUGCUGAUUUAGAAAGUCAGGCAAAGCAACUUUUGACCAAGAUUUCAGAAUUAAAUAAAUUACAAGCUGAGGUAAAGGAGCUUAAAUUAGAAAAUGAAAGACUUGCUGAACAGCUAGUGUCCACCAAAGAAAGAGUUGCUGGUGAUGGUCAGGAAAUUGUUCAUCAGAAUGGAGAAGUGAAUGGAAAGGCUCAAGAUGAGGAUAUAUUGAAGUCCAUAGAAGAAAAAGAUAAAUUGCUUAAGGAAAAAGAAGUAUUAUUGACUCAAUUAAAUGAAGAUCUGAAUAAACAGAAAGCAAAAAUUUCUGUUCUUAGUGAAGAAAUAGAAAAUCAGAAGCAAAAAAAUAAUGAAUUAAGAGAAAAAAAUUGGAAAGCCAUGGAUGCCCUUACAAAUGCAGAAAAAAGUGCUGAACUAAAAAUAAAAGAAAUUCAAACUUCUUCAGAACAGAAACUUUUGCAAGUACGAAAGGAAUAUGAAGAAAAACUACAAAAUACUAGUAAUAGUGCACAGACUGAAGAACUUUCAAAGAGAACCACAAAAGCUGAAGAUGAAGCAGCUAAAAGAUUGACUGAUUAUAAUAAUGAACUAGAAAAGAAUAAGAAAUUAGAGUCUGAACUUGAUAGGAUAAGUGCUCUAAACAAAUCUUCAGAGUUAAGGAUAUCUGAAAUGGAAAAGUUUUUUCAGGAAUUAAAAGUAGAAGUUUCAGAGACACAGUCAAAAGCAAAGGCAUGUUUGCAGAGGAUACAUCCAGAUAUAGUUAUAGACAGUUCUCUACCUUUUGAUACUUGGUUAGAGGAAUACACAAAACAAGCAUCUCUUGCUGUGCAAGUUGCUCCCUCAAAUGGUGAGGAAACAGAACUACAGAAUAAGGUUCAGCAUUAUGAAAAAGCUCUUGCAGAGACAGAGUCAAUUAUGCUCAAUCUUCAAAAGAGGGCCGCAGCAGCGGAAGCAAUAUGGCAAUCAAGGUUAAAAAAGAAAGAACAGGAGUUGGCGCAGAUUUUAUCAGAGCGAGAUGCCCUUGCUGCUGAAAAAGAAACUAUGCAAUCUACAUUCCAACAGAUUAGCCAGUUAGAAGAAUUACAAGAAAAAUUAAAAUUACUCCAAAGUACUCUUGAAAGUGCUGAAAAUGAAAGGUCGCAUUUAGAACAGAAAUAUGAUGAGGUACAAAAGAAUUGCAUAAAUCUUAGAGAUCAGUUGGAAGAUAAAGAAAAACAGGUUUUAGAGCUUCAGAAAGAAAGCAACCGCAAUGACAGUUUAAAGAAGGAAAUAGAAGAUUUGAAGACCAAAUUAGAGAAAGAAAAGAAAAUAAGCAAAGACUUUUCUUCUCAAAUGGUUAGAUUGAAUUCCUUAGUCAAAAUAGGUCAAGAUGCUCUUACAGCUGAGCAAGAAAUGGUAAAAAAGUUGAAAAGCCAGUUGGAAGCCGCUCAGGUUUCAACAGCAAAUGGAACCUCACCAACUACUAUACAGAGUCCAGUUGUGAAUAGUGAGUCACAACCACAGAGCAAGAGUUCUGCAAAAUCAAAAAAGAAAAUGGAUGCUUCGGCUAAAAAGUAGGCAUAUUGAAAGAAGGUUACAAAUGCAAAGCUUUUCCAGAAGUGCAUUUUUGAUGACUCCAAGUGCUUGUUAAUAUUAUAGAACUUUAAUAUGAUUGUUUACAAUGUUCCAGUUUAAGACACUUUUGCUAAACUUUAAAUGUUAUGUAAGUGUGAAGAUUUAAUAUUCUUAUAUAUUGCAAUAGUGCCUGUCCUAUUUUUUUACCUUGUGAAACAUCUUUUUGCAGUACUGCUAAUUUUAAACUGUGUGACGAUGGGAUCAUAUAUUUACAGUUUAUCGUUUUCCAUCAAUAUAAAGUAUUACUGCGUCAAACAUAUGGCAGCAUCUUAAAAAACAGCACUUCAAAUCAGUGUUUUGAAGAAUUUAUACAUUUCCCCCUUUGAUCAAAAUUAGUAAUGUAUAAGAAUAUUUCGUCAAAAUCAGUGUAUAGUUUUUAUUUUUGUGACUUUCUAAUUGCAAAUUAAAGCUGUAAUAUAUAUUUUUAAUUUAAUGAAAACAGAAUUUUUUUAAAAUAAAGUAUGAAGUACUGUUUUUUACUUCAUAUAGUUGUUAAUAAGAGUAUUUAAUUUUUAUAGAAAUAUUUUAUAUUAAAUUACUUUAGGAGAACAGAAUCCGUCAGAAGCAUACAUAAAAAAUUUUCGGAUAUUUUUGGAUAACUGCCUUAUUUAUCUACAAACAGAUAUUUUUUUCUAAAAUUUCAUCAGGUAAUAUAAUUAAUUUAUAAAAAGUGAACAUAAAAAUUUAUUUGUUUUUCUCUUUGAAAUUUCUGUAUAGUCAGUAAAACACAUUUUACUCAACAUUCCUAUUGCAUUUUAAGUGCCAUGAUGUCACUCGUCACUCACUAUUAUCAGGUCCAAAAUUCUUGUAGGAAAUUGAGGAAAACAAAUCGGAGCUUUGACUUGGCCAAAAAUAUAAACAUGGCCAUUAAUUUAUGAUCAAAAAGUUGCAUUUUAAAAUGUUUUUGUGAAUAUUUUGUGUUGUUAAAUAUAUAAAUUUCUCAUAUGGAAGACUAAUAAUAUAGAGUUAUAAAUUUGUAUUGUUAAUUAUAAUAUGUGAAUGAAAUUGUAACAAAAUAUGCUAGUCUUGUUAAAAAAAAACAUCCAUUUGUUUUUGAAACUAACACAAUAUUUUAUUUUGAAUUGUGAUGGAAUAUUAGCUUAAUUACAUUACUUGAGAGAAUUUUUCCUUUUCAGACUAGUUUAGAAAAUUUUAAUCAUAUGUCAACCUUUAGUAUGAGAAUAUAUGUUGUGAUGAAUUUUUAAUUUUUGGAAAUUGAUUUGACAGUGUUGUGAAAAAAUAUUUCUUAUUGGCAAUUAUUAUAUGAUGGUGAAGCAAGCGGGACCAAUGUUUUGUUGUGCAUGUUUUAAGAUAGUCUAUUUCGUUUUGUACAAUGAUCAUGUACUUAAAAAAAAAAAAAAAAAAAAAAAAAAAAAAACCAUUUUGUAAGUACUUUAUCAUCAGUAUGAACUGCAUUCAGUUGCAUGUCUGAAAACUCAAUGGUUGCCACGCUGGCAGUGUAACCUUUUUCUUGAAACAUGCUUGCUUUGUUGUUAUGGAAUAAAGUUUAUUAUUCGUAGU